AUUGACCGGAAAUACAGCCGCUCACAAAAGUUCGGAUGUUUGCCCACUGUCGUCCUCUCCAGCUGACAGCACGCUUCCACGGGCGGUUUCCAGACAGCGACGUCUACAACUGUAUCGUGACGUCGACCCUCCUGCGGAAGGUUACAUGUGACGUAAUGAGCGUGACAGUGAAUGAGUGACUUGUAGCUACAAGAAGCUAUCGAGCUUAGCUUUGCUCGGUAGGCGGCGUGAAGUCGGGCUGCUUCGCGACGGAGUCUUCUGCUCUGAGAGUUCACCGAGCGGUCCACACCUGUGAAGGAAAUGGCUUUCGCCACGGCUUUAAGGAGACUCGCAACCCUGCGGUUACGGGAAUGUUCCCGCAGGACGCUCUUGCUGCCCGGAAGCCGGAGCUUCGUCACCAGCUCUCACCCGCUAAGGUCGGACAGCAAGGUGACCGUCAACUUUGUCAACAGAGAUGGUGAGAGGAUCUCGGUCAAGGGUUCUCCGGGAGAUUCACUGCUGGAUGUGGUCAUCAACGAGGACCUGGAUUUUGAUGGGUUUGGAGCGUGUGAGGGGACACUGGCUUGCUCCACAUGCCACCUCAUCUUUGAGGAGGACGUCUACAAGAAGCUGGGCCCGAUCACGGAUGAGGAGAUGGACAUGCUCGACCUGGCUUAUGGUCUGACGGACACGUCUCGACUCGGAUGCCAGAUCUGUCUGACCAAGUCUCUGGAGGGGAUGGUGGCCCGGGUUCCAGAGAGCGUAGCCGACAUCCGACAGAUCAAAGACGGCUCCUCCUAACAGAGGACUGUCACCCCAAAACUGUCAGUGCUGCAGAGUUGGGCGGGCUCUCCCUCUUCCUCUCUGGAUUUCCAGCUCCAACCCUGCUGGAGGCUUCUUUUUAUAACCAGUCAUGAUGUAAUCCAAAUGUUGGGCAGGAGCUCUAGAGCUGCAGGGGACAGUAGUUGUCUUUUGAGUGUCUCUGACGAGGGAACUCCGGUAGCACCUACCACGUCAGGCGAUUUUAAUCUCAAUCCCAGAUCUCACCUGCCAUGUAACUGCAUCUAAUUUGUCAUUGAGUGGUUGUACAUAACUGGAGAGAAAUAUAUCUUUGUGUGGAGCGCAGAAUAAAAGUCACUGUCUGGCAGCAGCUCCAUUUA